GCUAUUGAGAAGUAAUCUGCUGGUUUGCUGAGCUAUUUGUCCCCUUUUAUUGCUUUCCCUCGUUUAUAGGCCAAUGACUGCGUGGGAUAAACCGGUCGGCUGGUACUUGGGAAGUCAUUUUAGGGUAUUGUGCUAUUGUUAGCGGUUAUUGAUGGUCCUCCUCCUGCUGUUUCUCAAUGACUGAGGAAGUUUAUUCAUUUCAUUGGAAAUAGUGUACUAUUGUCGUCAAAUGGCUGUUCUGCAUGAUGGCCCUCUGGAUAGCUUAUAUAUUGCAGGAUGAACCCCAAUCCUUGCACAAUUCGCUCUUUCUACAUUCAGACCUGUCCUUCUGAUUAUUUCCUCUAAUAACCAAUAUCUAUUUCUACCACUGUGACACCAUACUUACCUUGCUAUAGUCCUCUAUCUUGAAUAUGCUUCCUCCAUCAGAUUCCCUACUCCAUCACUAUAUCAAGCUUGGAGAAGUGACAGCCAGCAUGCAAAACCAAAAACCUCUGGUCUCCCCUCCUCCUCCAUAUACCACAAACCAGCAACACAACUCAGUCACUGAAGUCAUCUAUCCCGACAACGAAAUAGACACAAAUACCGACGAUGAAGACACCUGGGACAACACUAACCCAACUCCGAUUACAAUUAACAUCGACGCAUCUAUCAGUGUGCAAGGCAAUAACAACACAAUAAUCAUGACCUCCGGGUCUCCAUCUGCGCCGACAUCAUCAGCAGCAUCCUCUCUGACAGCAACAUCUAUGUUACAAGCAGCACAGAAACAUCGACAAAGUAGGGUGACCGAAAUAGCGACGUCGAUUAUCGCAGCGCUGCGAGAGUCGCAAUAUUUACCUUCCUCAGGGGUAGAUGGGAAAGAGCCGAUUGAGAUCAAUAUAAAUACGGGAAUGAAGGUUGAGGGGAGUAGGAAUAUGAUUUUCGCUGGGGCUGGUGGGGGUGCGUGUCGUAUACUGCCUAGGGCAAAGAGAGAUGGGUCGAGCCAUGAUGGUGAUGAGGUUGGAUCGAGAAUGAAGAGAAAGAGGCGGGCUCAAUCGGAGCCUGUUGAAAAUAUGCCCAAGUUGAAGGAGUACUCGCCAUCGUUGCGUGCGAAAUGAUCUGACAUGUUCGUUUUGCAUACUACCUCGAUACCACUACGCUGUCUCAUGUUCAAAGGGAUGAGAAGGCUACAAUGGCGCCCUUUGGCCGAGAGUCUACUAUCUGUGGCGACUUAAUAUAUUGAUACCACAUUGCCAUUUUGUAAUUUAGAAUGUACCUACCUUGGCAUUUCUUCAUACUAAAUUAGUGGAAUAAC